AUGGCCUUCGGCGAUUUCGCGUCAGCUACUGGAGAACUCUCUUCUGAAGAACAGGGUAUUGUCGAUACAUUGACUAGAUAUGGAGUAGAUAUCCUGGAGCACGUCGACCCAUCAGAGCUUCCGCAUUUAACAAAAAGAAACCCCAUAAAUCCGGCAACAAUUGCAUGUCGAGUGCUUUCUGCACUAUUCUCUCAACAAGUUCUCUCUAGAGACACGGCGCCGUACACGGAAUGGCGCAGUCAAUUCUGGUCGCAGCAGCAGUCUGAGGUCCAACCGGCCUGUAUAUUCCAACCAUUGUCAAGUGCUCAGGUCGCCAUCGCCCUGCUGACAUCGUGCCUGGUGCGCUGUCCAUUUGCAGUGAAAAGUGGGGGUCAUGCUGCCUUUGCUGGCUCGUCGAGCAUCCCAGAUGGGUUAACUAUCGAUAUGGGGCGACUCAACACGGUAAAUCUGAGCUCGGAUAAAAAAUCCGCGAUAGUUGGUGCUGGAAAUCGUUGGUUUGACGUUUAUAGCCAACUUUCGCCGGAAGGCGUGACCGUUGUUGGUGGUCGUGUGUCCAAUAUCGGUGUUGGGGGCCUGACACUUGGAGGGGGCAUAUCAUUAUACUCCGCGCAGUACGGUUUCGCUUGUGAUAAUGUCAAUAGUUACGAGGUUGUCGUUGCCGACGGUCGCAUACUGAACGUAAGCCUCCAAAGCCAUCCAGAUCUUUACUGGGCUCUUCGGGGCGGCGGCAACAACUUUGGCAUCGUGACUAAAUUCGACUUGGAAGUCUAUCCUGCUGGGAACCUGUGGGCAGGCUCGCGUAUAUACCUCUUAAACGACAAUGUCAAAAGCUCCAUUCUCAAUGCUGUGGUUCGAUUUGGAAACGAAUGGCCCUCCGAUCGCAAGGCUGCUUUUAUCUGCAACUUUGCAUUUGCUCAGGGCAUAAUUGCUGCGGCUAUCAACCUGGGAUACACAGAACCAGUGGAGAAUCCACCAAUUUUCAACUCAUUUAGAGAGAUCCCGGAACUAUCGAAUAAUUUGGCCAUCAAGACGCUGCCUGAACUUACCGAAGAAUUUAGGCAAAGUAACCCUAACGGCCUGCGUGAGAACUACUGGACUCUCACCGUCAAACUUGACAUAGAGAUGCUCACCUUUGUUGUGGAUUCGUUCAUGGCUGGCGUCGACCCCAUCAGGAAUGUUGCGGGCAUCCUUCCUGCACUCACUUUGCAGAUCUUCACGUCCGACAUGAUUCAAAAAAUGGCCAAGAACGGGGGGAAUGCGCUUGGUCUUGAACCAUCGGAGGGACCUCUUCUUCUCGUGUUGGUGAACGUCAUGUGGUCUAACAAGGCCGACGAUAAGGCUGUCCUCAAAGCUGUUUCAGAUAUUAUCAACACGAUCAAGACUGAAGCCCAGUCCAGCGGCAAGUUGAACAAAUACAUAUACAUGAACUACGCCAGCCAGUUCCAGGCGGUGGUUGAGUCGUAUGGUGCCGUAAACCACCAUCGUUUGCUGGACGUGGCACGGAGGUACGACCCUUUUCGUGUUUUCCAACGUUUGCAGCCGGGCUAUUUCAAACUCAAUGGAGCUCCUGAUCCCAAACCUCCUCCAAACUGA